AUGACCGACGAUGUGGACGCGCAUAUUCACGAAAAGUUCGACCUUCAGGUUUGUACUUUUUCGGUGCUUAAAGGACCAGGGAACCCAAAAAAUUUUUUGUGUCUGUUUGAAUUGUCCCUUAUUGCCAUUCAUACACUGGUGAAAUGGUGCCUCUCAAAAAUGCCGAUGAACGAAACGGCGUGCAGUUGAAGUUGUGGCCGUGGCCUAGCGCCAAUGGCCUAGAAAUAUGAGCUUCUCGGCCAUUUUAUUUUUUCCGCUUUUUUACCGGUUUUUUUUCCAAAAAUGUCACGGUUUCUCCCAUUUUUCAGUUGAUUGACAUUUGUUCGGCACUUACUUAUUUUUUCACUGCUAAAAAAUUGUUUUCAUUCAGUCGAUACACGAAGUCGCGAGUUUUUCGAUUUUAUCGCGAAAAAAUCGGUAAAAAAGCGGAAAAAAUAAAAUGGCCGAGAAGCGCAUAUUUCUAGGCCAUUGGCGCUAGGCCACGGCCACAACUUCAACUGCACGCCGUUUCGUUCAUUGGCAUUUUUGAGAGGCAGCAUUUCACCAGUGUAUGAGUGGCAAUAAGAGACAAUUCAAACAGACACAAAAAAAAUUGCACAAAAAAAUCAAAAAAUUUUUGGGUUCCCUGGUCCUUUAACCGCUUGAAAACUAUUGCAAAUCCUUUCAGAAACGUCUCGGCAAAGGCGCCUACGGAAUCGUUUGGAAGGCGUUCGACAAGCGUUCGCGAGAAAUUGUGGCGCUGAAAAAGAUUUUCGACGCGUUCCGAAAUCCGACGGAUUCGCAGCGCACGUUCCGCGAAGUGAUGUUCUUGCAAGAGUUUGGAAAGCAUCCGAACGUCAUCAAGUUGUACAACAUUUUUCGGGCCGACAAUAACAGGUAUGCAAGUGCGCUCCACCCGAAAAAUCCGGCGCGGGUUUUUCAGAGACAUCUACUUGGCGUUCGAGUUUAUGGAAGCCGAUUUGCAUAAUGUGAUCAAGAAGGGAUCGAUACUGAAAGAUGUCCAUAAACAGUAUAUUAUGUGUCAACUGUUCCGAGCCAUUCGAUUUUUGCACUCUGGAAAUGUGCUGCACAGGUAAAGCUAAAAAGUUUUUUUAAAAAAUGUUCAUGUCUCAAACUAUAUUUUACUAGUUGACCACUUUUUUCUAAGUGUACGGUAGGACGUUGAAGUUGUGACUAGCUCUCAGCAAGUGUUAUGAGUGUACUAACUUCAAAACGCUAUAGUAGGCUUCGAAGUGACUGUAUGAACAAGUUGUCAACUACAAAAUUAUAGUUCAAGGUGUGUACUAUACUUUUGUAGUUGACAAUGUUUCUGUAUGAUCACUCUUGAGAGUACUGUAGCUCAUGGAAGUAAGGAAGUUACUUUCAAAACUUGCAUCAAGUAGUCAUAACUUCUAAGAGCUACAGUAGGCUUAGGAGUCAAUGUACUAAAAAUUUGUCAACUACAAAAAUAAAAAGCAAGUUAAGGACUACAAUUUUGUUGUUGACAACUUUUCUGUACAACCACUUCGAAACAUACUGUAGCGCUUGUAAGUAGAGUCACCCAAAGUGCAGUCACUGUAACUUUGUCAAUUCUUGAAUCUCAGCCCCAUCCAGACUAGACUAUCCUAAACCACGUCAUUACGUGCAAGUGCGAAAAGAAAAAGAACCGGAACUACUUCCGGUUUUUUUUUUGCCGACGGAAGUGCCGCAUUUUCCGCCGCCCAAUUUUGUCCUUUUUUGCAGGGAUCUGAAGCCGUCGAACGUGUUGUUGGACGCGGAUUGUCGCGUGAAAUUGGCCGAUUUCGGACUCGCGCGCAGCUUAUCAUCGGUACGGAGCCCACAUAAAAAACCCAGAAAUCGGGCGAAUUUGUUGCAGCUAGAAGACUAUCCGGAGGGUCAGAAGAUGCCCGAUUUGACCGAGUACGUGGCGACGCGCUGGUAUCGUAGUCCCGAGAUUUUGUUGGCGGCGAAGAGGUACACGAAGGGUGUCGAUAUGUGGAGUUUGGGAUGCAUUCUCGCAGAGAUGCUCAUCGGUGAGUUGGGCGCUCGAAAUGUACAUACAAAACCCGCCCGUGUUCUGCAGGCCGCGCGCUGUUCCCCGGCUCGUCGACGAUCAACCAGAUCGAGCGGAUCAUGAACACGAUCGCGAAGCCGUCCCGUUCGGACAUUCAGAGCAUCAAUAGUCACUACGCGCAGAGCGUCCUCGAGAAGAUGCCCCAAAGACCGCGCAAGCCGUUGGAUCUGAUCAUCAGCCAGAACCAGACGGCCGCGAUCGACAUGAUCCAGAGGUGAGUAGUGGUGGCCGUGGUGGCCGAACUUUCGCUUCUCUUCAGACUGCUCAUCUUCGCUCCGCAAAAGCGACUGAACGUCGAGCAAUGUCUCGUGCAUCCGUACGUCGUCCAAUUCCACAAUCCGUCGGAGGAGCCCGUGCUCCCGUACGAAGUCUACCCGCCACUUCCGGACCACAUUCAGCUGACCAUCGACGAUUACCGUAACCGGUUGUACGAGAUGAUCGAUCAGAAAAAAGCGAGUCUGAGAAGACUACAACACGACAAAAUUCGUACGGUACGUUUCUACUAGAACUCGUAGCCCUUUUCUAGCGCACUGUUUGCAAUCUGUCUUGUAACUCGAGAGUGGUGCAUUAUGGGGACAAAUGUUAAACUAGAAAGUUGUUAGGCAUGACAUUUCCAACAUUUUUGUAGUUUAUCGCUUUUCUAACAAAUCAUUGGUUCUUGAGAUACAGUCCUUUAAAGUCUAAAGAGGUUUUUUGCUGACCUUGUUCAGAAAUUGUCUUGUAACUCAAAAUAGGUACGUUGUCGAGAAACAUGAUCAAUUGCAAAGUUGUUGAGCAAAACAUUGCCUACAUUUUUACAGUUGAUCACUUUUUGAAAUAACGAUUGGUUCUUGAGAUACAGUCUUUUAAAGAUGAGGCAUUAUUUUUUAGGAAUCCUAAACGUCUAAACAUAUCAGGUUGGCGUAAGUGUACUCGUAACUUGACUAACAUUUUUUUUGCUAGAUUCUACAUAUAAUUCAUCUAAUUCUCACACACACACACACACACACCUACUAAUCAUUCGCAUUUAUCGAUUACUUUUGCAGUGCGGUGAAGAGGGUCGUGCUCCGAUUGCUCAGGCCGAGUGUAGUGACACUGAUUAUGAUACGGCGAGAAGUUUGCAAAGAACGACUAGUUUGGACAAGAAUAGCAGCUCACACGACAGUAGUUCCGGCACUUUGAGAGGUAAUCAUUCAUCCAUCGGCGUCGGCCACUGUCUCCCCAACAGCUUCAGCUAAAUUGAGCGCCGCGUUAAAACGGAGUGUCGUUGAAAACAAAAGCAGGUCUCUGAAAUUUCUGGAUUUUUUUUCUGAAAAUGAGAGAAAAAUGAAGUAAAACAGAGAAUUUCCGAAUUGUUAAUGACAGCUGUGACCUUAAAUUAGUUUUCAGUCCGGAUCCUCAAAAACUGAAAUUUCUUAGUCAUUUUUGCAUUUUAUGGGCCGUCUUUGUGCUCAAAAUGACCGCCUUUGUCUGCUGUACAAUCGUGAGGCAACUGUUUUUUGAUUCUGUCAACUGUUUUCUCAAAAUUUCCGAAAAAGUUUGUUUUUUCAAGCCGAAUUCAAAAAAAAACGAAAUUAAUCUUCGAAUUGUCACUUUUACACGUGCACUCUACGAUCAUUUUGUAGCUAUCGAUCAUAUGAACAAACGUGAGGCAAACGUUUUGAAGGAAAACUGUGCAUAAUCGCAAAAACUCGGCAAAACAUCAUUUUCAGUUGAAAAAGCGUAUCCCGUAAAUCGACACUGAGAGCCGCUUUCAAAAAAGCGCGCGAAAAUUUUUUUUUUCCGCCGAAGGGGGGAAACUUUGCCGACUCGACGAACUUUUGCAGAUCGUGCCCAGUCGGCGGAAAGUCGGACCUCGAAAGACAGUAGCGGAGAAGUGAGGAACGGGAACGGAACGGCGCCGAACAGCACGAAACAACGGCGGCGAUCGGUGGAACGAUCGCGACUCUUCGCGAGCAUGAAACCGUCGAAAAUUCUGCACCCGCACAAGUUGAUCUCCAAUUAUUGA